GAAGAAAUUAUUAAAGAGACACAAUCGAAUGUAGUGUGUUAGUGAUUUUUUUUCACGCACAUCUAAAAAUCUUUUUCAAAAUCUUUUUCAAUUAUUUAUAUAUAUUUAAUAAAUAACUUAAGCAAAAUGCAGUUUUGGAGCAGCCGAAAAUGUCGCUGCUUAGCAAUAUUUAUGGUAAUUUAUGUGUUUUAUAAUCCUACCGAUUCUGGCGCAGUGGACAUGAAUAGCGAAAAUAUAGAUAUGACUUUAGCUUCCAAUGAAUUGGUUUUUCUGAACUUUUACGCCGAAUGGUGUCGCUUUAGUAAUCUCCUAGCGCCGAUUUUCAAUGAAGCUGCCGAUAAGGUGAAAGAGGCUUUUCCGGAACCGGGCAAAGUAGUAUUAGGAAGAGUUGAUUGUGAUCGUGAAACGUCAAUAGCUUCGCGUUUCCAUAUAACCAAAUACCCAACACUGAAGGUGAUACGCAAUGGACAGUUGAGCAAACGUGAAUAUCGUGGACAACGCUCCGCCGAAGCGUUUUUGGAAUUUGUCAAGAAGCAGUUGGAAGAUCCGAUCAAAGAGUUUAAGACAUUGAAAGAUUUGGAAAAUCUUGAUUCCAGAAAACGUAUAAUUAUCGGUUAUUUCGAUCGUCGCGAUAUGCCGGAGUAUGAUACUUUCCGUAAGGUUGCCACAAAUUUGAAGGAGGAUUGUCAAUUCCAUGUCGGUUUUGGUGAUGCAGCACAGGCUAUGCAUCCACCUGCUGUGGACGCUGACAGCGAUAUAAAGCGAGGUAAUGCGAUUUUCAAUUUAACAUUAGGCCACCCGAUUAUUGUUUUCCGUCCCGAUGUGGCACUGUCGCAUGAAAACGACGAAACCUAUACGGGCAGUUUGAAAAACUUCGAUGAGCUGAAAAUUUGGGUGCAGGAAAAAUGUGUGCCAUUGGUGCGUGAAAUUACAUUCGAAAACGCUGAAGAGUUGACCGAAGAAGGCUUGCCAUUUUUGAUACUUUUCCACAAACCCGACGAUACCGAUGCGAUUAAGGACUACAAGGCGAUUAUUGAGACACAGUUAUUGGAUGAGAAACAGAAUAUCAAUUUCCUCACCGCUGAUGGCCAACGCUUUGCACAUCCCCUACAUCAUUUGGGUAAAUCCGAGGAUGACUUGCCAUUGAUUGCUAUCGAUUCAUUCCGUCACAUGUAUAUGUUCCCCAAGUUCCAAGAUAUGUAUCAGCCUGGUAAACUUAAGCAGUUUUUGCAAGAUUUGUACAGUGGCAAAUUGCACAGAGAGUUCCAUUACGGUCCCGAUCCAUCUGGCAAUGAGGUACAAACUGAGGUCGUAAUGAAAGGCACUUCACCGCCCGAAUCGAGUUUUAAGAAGUUGGGACCAUCGAAAAAUCGCUAUACAUUAUUGCAUAAGGAUGAGCUGUAAAGUAUGUUAUUAGGCUAUAUGUAGACUAAACACAACACACUCAGAUACAUACAUACACACAAGCAUACACGUUCGGCUACAGCUACAGACAUACAAUUGACAGUGCUGCAGUUUAAUACAAAUCAAAACAAUUUCAAUCAAACAAUCAAUCUCGUAUACAACAACAACAAUUAGAAAUAUGUAUGAAAUUUUCAAAAAUAAUGUUGCUGUAUUGUUGCUUUUUACAUUGUAUUAAUUAUGCUUUAGAAAGAUGUUUUGUUUAAAUAUUUUUUUUCCAAGCAAAAAAAAUAGCAAACUAUUUUAUUUAAUACACCAAUUAAUGAAAAGAUACAUACAUACAUAAAAAUGCAAUUGUGAUUUUAUAUAUUUUUUGUAUUAAUUUUAAUAUAAAAAAAAUGAUGAGAAACUAAGAACUACUGAAAAAUAAGCGCUUGAUUUAUUUCCAAUGUAUGUAUGUUAUGUAUUUGCUAUGAAAUGACUUUCCUUAUACUAUAAUACUUAUUACGAAUUGUCAAUUUAAAGUUGAACUCAUAAACGGAGAUUGUAAAAAUCAACAGCAGGUUUAUGCAUAAGUUUUUGUUUAAUUAGACAAUUAAUUGUGUGUGUUUGUUAGAAAUUUUGAAACACUAGUAUGCAAGCUUUGAAUAUAAUAAAGUGCGUUUUUUUUCAAAAUAUAUGUAAAAAUAAAAAAUGAUCAUUAAAUCGAUUAAAUGGUGAUCGUGUAGACCCAUGCAACUUCGUAUUUAAUAUUUAUAAUGCUAUUAAACUUAUUGUGUAAAAAAAGGAAAAGUAUAAUACAAAUACAAAUACAAUAAUGUAAAUGGACUUAAAUUAUCCAUUUUUUACUGUUUUCAGUGCUAUGACUUAUGUGCAUUUAAUGAUUGAUUGAAAUAACUUGAAUACGUUUAAUUUCAUAUUUAGUUUAGUAUAUGCAUACAUACUUACAUACAUGUGUAUUUAUGUUGAAAAUUAAAUAAAUACCGGAAAUGUCACACUAUAUAACUGUA